GCGUAGAAAUUGUCUGGGAACAGAACUACUUCACGAUCUGUCUCGUCUCAUUUUGGUUAAAUACUAAACCAUCUCAAGACCAUCUCCGAGCUUCUUCUUGUCUCAGCUUCUUGAAACGUUCACGGAUUUUCUAAUCAAGAUUAGAACCUCUUUUGGGGUAAUUAACCCCAGGAAUAUAGUUCUUGUGCUUGUCUGUGCAACCGAAAGAAGAAGAAGGCUAAUAAAACGCACUCUCUUUUUGUCAAAACAGAUCACUCGAGAUCAAUAUUAUUAUCAUUUAGCAUAAGCAAGCAAAAUAUUUAUAUAAGUACUGAAUCCUCCGCAAAACUAAAGUGAGGUUAAUGUGUUCUUCUAAUUUGCUCAAAUUGUUCACAGUAUAAAACUGUCGCCAAUGAUAAGUGCUUAUCUCAUUAUAUGCUCAAUCUUAAUCUGCUACGUAUUGACUGCACAUAUUGACCCAGUUCCAUUUUACACCUACGCAAAGACUAAAUCGCUGUGAUCUCAUCUUAUCAUCCUGUUUACUAAUCCUGUUUACUAAUCCUGUUUACUCAAGAGAGAGAGGUUUUAGAGAACGUCACACAUAGAUACAUAUUUCCUGUGAGAUCUUCUGUGUGAUUUGAAGCGUGCCUGGUUUUCGGUCGAAGGAAGGAAGGAAUCAGGAUAAAGUUUGACGGAACGGAACAUCUUCUUCAUAUUUAACUGACAACGAUUAUGUCAUCUUUUGCAGUCGACUGUUUCUUCGUCACCCAACCUUGUUCAUUUUUCGCCAUUUAGAUUAAGUCACUUUUUGCUGUCAACUUUCAGACAUAGGACGCUUGCAGUGAUUGAUUUUUUUGGACAAAUCGCUGGUAAUCCAUAUAGUGCUGUUCCUAAGCAUAUUGCCCAACGUCAAAAUUCAGGAAUUAGAGAAUUGAAUUGCAGAUAUGAUGAAGCCAGACAUAAAUUAUUACGCCCUGUUGGGUGUGACCUCUACAGCAACUCCAGAAGAAAUUGUGCGUGCUUAUCGCAAAAAAAUCUUGGAAGUUCAUCUCGACAAAAUUGUGCCGGGGCAGGACUCUGAUCUCUGCUACAAGACAAUUGAAGCUUACCGAGUGCUGUCUAAUAGGAAACUUCGGAGCAAGUAUGAUAUUCAACGAGACCCAUCUUAUAAGGCCGGCGAGCAAUUUAUCCCUGCAGGAUACAUUUGCUACGACGUUGGUCAAAGUCAAAUGUCCAAACGCGUCUUGAAAAGUAUUUUUGACUGGAAGGAAGAGUUUGAUGCACUCGGAGAUGGGAUCAGUGACAACUACUUUGAAUGCUUUUCCUCCCUGAUGGGACAGGUACUGGAAGUUGAAGAGAAACAAAACGCGAAAGCCCUCAAGGACAAGGAAGACGACUUUUGUUGUGCCGUUUGUGAUAAGAAGUUUAGUUCGGAGACACUGCAUUGGGAAGAAGUGCUUCAACCAUACAUUGUCAUGUUUUCUGGUGAUAACUCCAUCAAAGAAGAGGAUUUGAUGAAUAUGGGUGUGGGUCCACUUCUCGUGUACUUUGAAAAAUUGUGUGGUUCAAAUUAUUUCCGCUGGGAACCACGAUCUCUCCCAAGCACAAUUUUGGGACUCUGGGCUUCUGAAGAAUGGUGCAAACUUGAUAAUUGCGACUGCAUUUUGGCCAGAAUUCUACAAGUCCUCCCCCCAGAGGAGGAUUUUUCUUGCACUGAAGAAUUCAUAGAUUUCGUUGGAGAAACUUUUCUCAGUGAUAGCGAAACUGAUUGGGACCUGUAUCCCGAACUCGCCUGCAGAAUUCUUAUUUUCAUUCUUGAAAAUCAAGACGACCAGAGCGUGGUUGUGGAGAGGGUUCAAGAGUGUUUGGUGAGAGACGACUGCAUGGAAAUCAUGUAUCUAGUGUCAGCUAUGAAAAAUUACUUGGAGUGCGAUCACGAGGAAUGGGUCAGUUUGGCCAAGGAAGCUGUGGAAGCAGAACAAGCAGAAAUGGCAAUGUUAUGGACAAAAGUUGCAAUUGAGUUUAACGAAGAUGAGGACAACGAUUAUUUCAACGGAAUUUGGUACAAGUUGGGACUCCAGCUGUACAAAAUUGACCCCGUGCUUGCCCACUUUUGUUUCCUGUACCAAGGAUAUGGCGACGAAGAAGACACGGCGUAUGAAGAUUGGACGGAUUUAGGGGACGACUUUUGCGACAAGGGCGAACAUUACGCAGCAAUCGAGUAUUAUUUAUACGCAAACUUGAAUGCAAAACGAAGAACCAGCAGUCGAAACAAUAACGAUAAUUCUGAUUCCGAGGACGAUUAUGAUGAACUAGAAAGGUUGAUGGUCAAGAGCAAAGCCCAGCUAAAGAAAGGGGACAGAACGAGUUCCUCCAUUUACAGAAAUAUUUAUCACUCUCUUAAAGCCAAAUCUUUGCUUGGAAAACUUUCGCAACGAAAACGAAACGAUCCACGUUCCGAGUUUGACUUUGAAUUAGAAGAAUUGAUCAAACUAAUUAGCGACCUUGACACCACGAAUCCCAUCGAAGGAUACAGGAUCAUCACGCGAACUUGGCCAAAUGCGUUUGAAUCUCCAGUUUGUGCAGGCAUUCACAAAGGCACGAUUAAUUUUAUGAGAAGGGGUCGCAUGACUACUUCCGGCUUUAGCCUAAUCCUGGGCGCACUCCAUUUCAUUCCCGACGAGGAGGAGGAAGACGAAGAAAUAUUUGAAGAGCUGCAAGUCGAGUUGGCCGGUGAAUGCAACGCUAUGAUUGUUAGGCAAACUAAAAAUUGCAUGAAAACCAGCGAUUUCAACUUGCUGGCAGAUGUCCUCGUGUUUAUGUCCAACUCCGCAGAGUCUCGAUGUCUGCCCGGAGCCCUAACACUCUUGGCAGAAAUGGACACGGAAACACAAAAGCAGUCGAUUGAAAAGAGUCCACAUUUGAAAGCCAUGAAAUGCUUGAUUGAAGGGACGGUUUCCAAAAUUCAAAAGAAUUGGAUGGCUGCUAUGAACCACUAUCAAAAUGCCCUUCUCAGUAGUCCUGAAUGUAUGCAUCGAGUUCUGCCUUGCAUUUCAAAACUAAGUCAGGACAUUGAGUUCCAUGAAGCCAUCCUAUCUCAAGUGACAUCAGAAGUGAAAGACUUGAAAGAAUGCUUCGAUUGUGAAGAAUAUCCGGACGUGGAAACGUUCAACCGUAAAAAGUCUAACCGAAAUUCUCUCGUCAUUUCAGAUGUAUCUCCACAAGUAGAUUUUGGUUACAAACACUCCAUCUCAAGAAUUCAAGUGGAUCCUGACAAGUUGGCAGCUCAACCACCUCCGCAAGAAGAGGAAAAUCGGGACGAGCCCCCACCCAUUGAGACAAACACUCCUUUGGUCACUCUUGACAAGAAUGAGGAAGCCAUCGGGUCCGGAAAGAAUCAGGGCCAAUUGAAUGCAGCAUUGUCGUACAUCGAUCUACUGAAAGCUCUACCCCUUCCAUUCCAACCAGGGCCGAUCGUAAUGGCUGCUUCUCAUUUUUUGCGUGCCAUGGACGAGACAACAGACGCAGGAAGCUUGUUCGCGUACCGGAACGCCAUCAUGCAAAUGGCUGAAAAUCUUUUGAAAAUUGAUCGUAAAACGCAAGCAACUAUACAACACGGUCUCACUCACAAGCACAUGUUAUCCGUGCUGUUAGCAGCACAUGAAAAGCUGUCCAAAGCUGUCAGACAGAAGGUGGUGGUGCCCGAGAGUGAAAUAAGUGAUACUGGAAGUGAUUCAGACCAGUCGUCUGAAGAAGAUAAUGAGGAAAGCGACCUGGAAGACGAAAGUGACACGGACAAAAGUGAGAAUUUAUGCGACAAGAACGAGAAGAAGCCUCGCAAGACAAUCAAGAAACCCAAUUCCGAGGAAGAUGAUUCAGGCAGCUGCAGUAGCUCGGCCGGCAGUGAUGACGAAGAGUCAAAAGAGAAAAAUAAAAAAUCCACUGCACCAAAAAAUCGUAAACCGAAACGUUCAUCAUGCUAUCAAAAAGUUAAAAAACCUGGAAUUGACCUCAUUAAAACUUCAGAUGCUCAUUUAAUCUCAAGAUUUCUUAAAAAUGUUGUCAACUUUCCCAAGAUUGAACCCCUCGCCAAUAUCCCGACCCUCAAUUGCUCUGAUCUUGUGUACGUUGAGACACUCGGGAAUUCAUUCCUGAGCCAAUUUUGUAACGAGAAAGUUGGACAGAAGAACCAGUCCCUAAAAAUUCCUAAGCACCUGCACGCCUACACCCACUUUGUGGAGGUGUGGAAAGGACGUUCUCAACUAAGCAACUUUUUCUCCGCGAGACUCAAGGCGAUGGAAGAGUUGAUAGCGUUAAGGGGCUGGGGGCUCGAGGAUGUUGAGCAAUUAAUGGGAUAUCGACUUCUCAACCUCACAGAUGAUGGGUGGAGUUCAGAGUAUAGAACUGAACUAAAAUUUCCAAAUCCCCCAAAAUCAUAUAAAACAAUUUGUGGAUUUAAGCUUGAACAUAAAACUGGCAAAAUUUCGUUUCUCCUGGUAAAGGACAAGCAUACCGCGUACACUUUUGGGAACCUCUUUGACACUCGGGACAUUCAAGAAAUUUUUUCUAAUGGGAUUGAACCCAAGGACUGCACAUUGAGCUUGGACAAUCCUGAUUCUCAUUUGAGAUCACACCCCUUCAAAGAGGCCAAAUUCUCUACGUCAAAUCCUGACGUGGCAAGCUUUCAUGUGCCAAAUUUUUUCAGUACCUUGACUAGAGCUGCACUUCUCAUAUGCCAUUUAUGCAGCGGACUGGAAAUCUCGUGUAAAUCUCCGUUCGCCAUGAAACCCACAGACGAAGGCCUACUAAUUCGACUAGAAGAACACUUGCAACAUAUUCUACGACCGGCAAAAGAACGAAGGAAUGAGGAUGAGAUGGCUGCACUCCCAAAAAUGCCAGAUUUGGACAUUCCAAAUAGAUUUUGGCUCAAUUUGACUGAAAUAUUUGAAGAAGACGAGGAAGAUGAAAAUAGUUUUACGUACAAAGUUGGCGAAGUAAAAGCUCAAGUUAAAUUAAAUACGUUGAUCCUUACGCUAAACGGGGCGAAAUCAAUUCUUUCUCCGGAAGGCGAAUUUGCCCGAGAUUUCACCAAACAUUAUGAUGAAAUUGGGAAGUUUUUCCCGGAACUGCUCAGACUAAAGGAGCUUGUCAAAAUAUCCUUGAUUGGCAAAAAAUUACGACAAAUUUUAAGAGAGAAUGAAAUACUCCUCAAACAGAAUGGAAAAACCAAGGAGGAACAAGUACGAAUUGCAAUGGUGUGCCGAUCUAUCCGUGAACUUGGAAUCUAUUUGGAGGAGGACGACGAAAAGACAAAAGUAGUUCCGGGGAAUUUCACAGACUGCAAUUGGUUGCCAGCUUCGUUUUGCAAUAAUGUCGAUUCUGAGAUUUAUGAGGUUACUGCAGGGGUGAAGAUCAACCCUGAAAUCACAUACUUUCCCGUCACCCUGCCAAAGGACUGUGUUGUUGUGAAUGCCAAAGAGCUGAUGGCCAAAAAGAGACUUUCAUUUAUGCGGAGAUAAGCAUUUUAUUCGCAAAUAAGAUCUGUCAUGCAGAGUGCAUCGGAAUUAUGCACAUACGUUUAACAUAUUUAUUGUUAGUUUUAUGAAUUAUUAUUAUUACACCAAUUCGUGGAUGAUCUAUUUGUUACAAAUUGAAUUCAAUAAUAAAUUGGUUUCUGUGAAAUAAAUGCAUG